AUGCCUGUACCAAUUUCCAAGAGGCCCAGUAGAAUUCUGAAUGAUUCCAGACCGAAGAAAAGAGCAAAGCAAUCCAAUGACGAUGAAGGCAUUACAACACAGGAGGGCUCUACUGUGCGACCGCCUGAGCUGAGUCACGCCAAAGCCAACUCUCUGGUAUUGGACGCAUCAUCUUCACCUUUACCAGAAAUAUUAGAUGGCUAUCGCCAGCUACCGAAUUCGCGACAUGCUGGCUCCAAGCACCAGUCUGAAACAGCUCAGCCUGACGUUACAGCCAAUGGUGCAGCGAGAGCUUCGACUCCGCCAGAGGCGUACGAUAUAUGCUUUGGCAUGUUGAUGGUCAAGGCCACAUGUACGCAAAGUAACCUUGCGACUCAGGAAUGCACCCCCGUUACGCUCGACUUUGAGGGUAGAUUGCUGAGGGUGCGAGAAGAAAGCUCGAACAGGCGAAUCGCCGUGGUGGUGUCCAACGCUCUCUUUCGACUUGUCAAUGAAUUUGCUGUCACUCUGACAGCAAAUAUAUGCGGGAAAAAGCCACCGAUUGUCUAUACAUCCAAGAAAAAAGGACAAACCGUAUCGGAAAUAGAUGGCAUCAAGUUCUGUUCAUUGCGGAUUGUUGUCUAUGGUUUCCUUCUGCAAAAGGACGAAAUAUCAGCUAUCCUUGCGCAAGAUGAAUUGUUUCUUCAGCAUCCAGGGAAAACUGAAUUUGACAAGAAGGUCAAGUACUUUAAUCCUCACUAUCUUCUGCCACCAGGGCAAAAUAUGCCGGACGUAGAAAAGCUCACCACAUACGCAUGUUGUCCGAGAUGGUCAUCACAUUUCCGAGAGCUGCAGACUUCAAUGCCCGAGCAUGAACAAAGCCAGAUUCUACAGAUAUUCAACACGACGUAUCAGCCUAUCAGUGACUUGAAGACUAUCGAGACAAGUCCUAGAUUGGCGACGAGGCUAAAAAGGCACCAAGUCGAAGCUCUUGUCAUGAUGAUAGAGAAAGAAGCAGGUGCCUAUGAGAACGCACAGUUCCCGGCUAUAUGGGUGCCGCAUACUUCUCCGAGGGGUGAUAUCAGGUAG